GGUGGUGUUUGAUGACUUUCAACAACUAUCGUAAAAAUCACUUGUACUUUUUUUUUUAUCUUUUGGGUUUAACAACCAACUCCACAACUUAAGCCAAUGGUAGAGUUCAACUUUUCCAUCACCGCAUAUUUAUGUUGCAUUACAUUUUUUCUUGACUAUAUAAAUCUAAAUAAUUAUAUUUGUCAAAUGCUUACAAUUGAAUCCAUAUGGCUCACACUAUGCCAAUUUCAAUAACAUAUGAAGAAACAAAAUUAGUAGUGCCAACAAUAACAACACCUCAUGAGACAAAAUAUCUUUCUGAAAUAGAUGAUCAAGGGAGUACACGUUUUCACAGUCACUUAUUAAUAUUUUACAAAUAUAAUUCUUUAAUGGAAGGUAAAGAUCCAGCAAAAAUUAUUAAAGAUGGAUUAUCUAAAACACUUGUGUUUUAUUAUCCAUUAGCUGGUAGACUCAUUGAAGGGCCUAAUAAAAAGCUUAUGGUAAAUUGCAAUGGUGAAGGAGUCUUGUUUAUUGAAGGUAAUGCUAAUGUGGAGCUUGAAAAAUUAGGUGAAUCUAUUAAACCACCAUGUCCAUAUUUGGAUUUACUACUUCAUAAUGUUCCUGGUUCUGAUGGAAUUAUUGGUUCUCCUCUUCUUUUAGUUCAGGUGACUCGUUUUAGUUGUGGUGGAUUUGCUAUUGGAUUUAGAGUUAAUCACACAAUGAUGGAUGCUUAUGGCUUCAAAAUGUUUCUACAUGCAUUAAGUGAAUUAAUUCAAGGAGCUUCAACACCUUCUAUAUUACCUAUAUGGCAAAGGCAUCUCUUAAGUGUUACAUCACUAUCACCAAAUAUUACAUGUACUCACAAUGAAUUUGAUGAAGAAACUCCAUCAAAAAUUGCAUGGGAAUCAAUCGAAGACGAGUUGAUACAACAAUCAUUUUUCUUUGGAAAUAAGGAGAUUGAAGCUAUUAAAAAUCAACUUUCUCCAUAUUGUGGAAGUACAAAAUUCGAGUUAUUAGUAGCAUUUUUAUGGAAAUGUCGUACUAUUGCUCUCGAUUUGCACCCUGAAGAAAUUGUUCGUUUGACGUUCUUCGUUAGUAUACGUGGAAAAUUACAAAAAUAUAAAUUACCAUCCGGAUAUUAUGGUAACGCGUUUAUUUCGCCAGCUACGAUAUCAAAAGCAGGAUUAUUAUGUUCAAAUUCAUUGACAUAUGCAGUUGAAUUGGUGAAGAAACUUAAAUAUGAUAUGAAUGAAGAGUACAUAAAAUCAUUGACAAAUUUAAUGGUGAUUAAAGGAAGACCUAAGUUAUCAAAAUCAUGGAAUUUUAUUGUGUCAGAUAAUAGAUUUGUUGGAUUUGAUGAAAUUGAUUUUGGAUGGGGAAAACCUAUAUUUGGAGGGGUUUCAGAAAAAAUAUCUUUAAUUAGUAUUGGUAUUCCUAUUAAUAAUGAAAAGGGAGAAAAAGGUAUUUUAGUAGCAAUAAGUUUGCCUCCUUUGGCUAUGGAAAAAUUUCAAAAAAUUGUGUAUAAUAUGAAUUUUAAAAAUGUAGGAACCAACAUAAUUUCAAAGAUGUAGAUGAAUUUUGAAUUCAUCAAUGAUUAAAUCAAAAUUAUAUAUGGAGAUGGUACUAUAUGUUCGAUUAUUUUUCUAUUAGAA